AUGGAACCCACUACUAUACCGAUCGCUUUCCAAGUCCUCCUCUUCUUGUCUCUUGGGGUUGCUUUCAUUCUCGGCGCGACAUGGACCAUCACGAACUUACGCUUCUACGCCCAUUUAAGGAAGCUCGCAAAUGGAGAAGACAAAGACCCUUCAACAGAGCCAUUGGCACUGCCGUAUGCUGUGCCGUGGGUCGGUAACGCUCUUGGAUUUCUCAAUGAGCAAGCGUCGUUUUGGGCCAAUAUGAAGAAAACCCUUGGUCCCAAUCACCAGCUCUGCACAACGCGGCUGGGACCCGCAAAAUGCUAUAUCAUCACUGGCGGCCAGAACAUCCAAGCCAUGUUCAAGAUGUCUCGACAUCUCUCCUCGGAUCAACUUGAACGCCAGAUCAUGAAAUCGGUCUUCCAUCUUCCAGACCGUGACAUCGAUACCAUACUGCAGCCAGCUCACGACGACAAAGGGAAAGUCACAGACAUGGGAAAGAAGAAUCGGAUGUACGAUGUCGAGAAAAUCUACGAGAAUUUCUUGUUGACGCCGCAUGCGGUCAAUUCCCUGACGACGAAGUUCUUGGAUGUGUUUGGUGAAGUUCUGGACCAGGCGCCUGAGAUACCCCCACUUCCAGAAGCGAACAGCAGAGAAGCAGAAUGGGCGACGGUCAACUUCUAUGAGUGGUUCAAGGAUCACAUGUUCACAGCUUCUACGACUGCGUUCCUUGGCUCGAGAGUGCUGGAGAUGAACCCUGAUCUCGCCAAGGACUUUUGGAUCUUCGAGGAGAAUUUCCUGAAUCUGGUAUAUGGACUACCGCGGUUCCUGGCGCGAAGCGGUAAUGAAGCCAGAGAUCGGCUUUUGAAUAGUGCCAGUCGAUGGCUGGACGAUGCGCACAAUCAUGGUGAUAUCGAGAACACUGAGGACUGGGAUCCAUAUUUCGGAUCCAGGUUUGUCAGGGAGAGAGAAAAGAUGGACCAGAAGAUGGGACUGGGCACUAAAUCAAAAGCGGGUGUCAGGAUCGGUUUGCUGUUUGGAAUAUCAUCCAACGCCAUCCCUGCCACCGGCUGGAUGCUCCUGCACAUCCUCGCCUCUCCAACCCACAUCCUUCCCCGAAUCCUCUCCGAAGUCCAAUCCUGUCUCCUCCCCAACGAUGACAACAAUAACACCACCACCCUGUCCAUCUCCAUCCCCGAUCUCCUCAACCCAACCCGCACCCCGCUCCUCCACUCCCUCUACACCGAGACCCUCCGCCACUACCACGCCCUCAACCUGUCCCGCGACGUCAAAUCCCGCUGCACCAUCGACGGCCACCUGCUGCUUCCGGGAAACAUGGUCAUGGCCCCCAGCUGGAUGAUGCACCGCAACGAGGACCUGUGGACCGAUCCUCCCCCCGACGUCUUCUACCCCGAGAGAUUCCUGGCGACGGACGAGAAGAGCGGGGAGGUCACCUUCAGCACGGCGAAGACCGGUGGAGGAAGGUACUUCCCGUAUGGAGGUGGGGCGCACAUCUGUCCGGGGAGGGUGUUUGCCAAGCAGGAGAUCCUGGCGGCGGUGGCGAGGACGCUGCUCGGGUUUGAGUUUGGGUUGGUCGACUGGGUGGAGACGGGCACGGAGAGGGUGGUGGGGAAGAAGGGCGUGGAUGGGAGGGGGUUUCCGGGCCAUAAGAAGGGGUACGUGGGGUUGGGGGUGAUGGUGAUGGAGUGGGAUGCUAGGGUCAAGGUGAGGAGGAGGAGAGUGGGGACCGGUGGAGAGGGUUUGGUGAAGAGCUGA